AAGAGAGGACGUUCCUGAGGCUCUCAAAUGCCCCAUUCUGGCUUGGAAGUCCCUGGGAAAGACUGAGACUGAAUCCCACUUCCGAGAGAACAGUAGACCUGGUGGUCUACCAUCCUGAGUCCUCAAUAUGGGUAGGGGGCAUCUUGGGAGAAGCUGGGCUGGAGGCUGCACAUCUGGCCGUUUCAAUUUCUCACAUUCUUCUGGAGAUCUUCAAUCUCUCCGUCAUUUGGUCUUUUUCUAGCCAGGUGGAUCUGAAGCUGAUGAAAUGCUUUCCCUUUAUCACAUCUGCAAAACAAACACAAAACUAUUUGUAAAGAAAUGUUUUCCCUCUGAAAGUGGAUAUUUUGCCAAAACCUUCGCUCAGAAUAUAUUUUUUUAAGAAAAUUGCAGAAGGGGAGGUCUUGGGUUUUCAUUUAAAUUGGAGGAGCAGAUUCCUUUGUGGCCUCAGAGAGAAGUGCGGCUCCUUGUCCUUCCUCCCUACCAAGAGUUUCCUGGGUCUCCCCCGAAGCCAAGAUGAAAGUCUUCUUCAGCCUGAUCGUCUUCUCUCUCGUGCUGGUUACAUGUCAAGCAUGCUAUAUGGUUCCCUUUAAGCUUCAGGCACCACCUGGUCAAUACUUGCCGCCAAACGUAUGUCUUGAUGACGAUGAUCGGAAAAUGCAUCUCAUUGGGUCCCGUUGGAUCGCAGAGGAUUGUUAUAGGUGCCACUGUGGUAGAAAUGGAAUGUUCUGCUGCCACGGAGAAGUUAAAAAGAUUCCAGGGUGCAAAGCAGUGCAAAAUGAUGUGACAUGUCAAUACGAAUACUAUAAACUUGAUGACCCAACGCAGCGCUGUGAUGUCUGAUCUCUUCGCGUGGACAAACUGGAAUGAAUCUCUCAUGUGUAAAUGAACCUGAAUAAACCUCUCACAUCAGUUUUUGGGGAAAUGUCAUAAACUGUGACCAAGAGAUGCUGCAAAUGGCAAUGAAUGUUGCCAAGUUUGGAAAACUUUGGUCUAUACGAAUAUAUAUAUAAAGAUAAAAUACUUCUUAUGACUAUGCAAAGCUAUGUACCAUACAAAAUUGCAUUGAUUGGAAAUCUUGAAUAAAAAGGAGCAAUUUUUCCAUCAUUUCUUUAAAAGUCA